GGAAGCUGCCAAAGCCUGCCUCCUAGUAGUACAUACGUACCCUCGUGGCACCGAGCUCGGUCGUGUCGUGUCCAUGGCGGCAGCUGCCACCCAUGCACGCACGCACGGCCCUCCUUAUCCGCCCACCGAACGCGCAGAACCUCACUGACACAAAAGAAGCCACCGUCGUCACUCUCCUUCCUCGACCACUUCUUCUUCCCGCUCUGCCCUGCCUUGCCGCCGAGUACAGGACCGGAAGAGACCGAUGGACCGCGUUCUCACCGCGCUGAUGGACCUGGUGAUGCCGCCGGCGAGCAUGGUGAUGCUGGCCUUCGCGUGGCCCACGCUCGCCUUCCUCCGCGCCGCCGAGUGGGCCGUCAAGGCGCUCACCAAGGAGGACAUGCGCGACAAGGUGGUCCUCGUCACCGGCGCCUCCUCCGCCAUCGGCGAGCAGGUGGCGUACGAGUACGCGCGGCGCGGCGCCAACCUGGUGCUGGUGGCGCGGCGGGAGCACCGGCUCUUCGCCGUCCGGGACAACGCCCGCGCGCUGGGCGCAGGCCAGGUGCUCGUCGUCUCCGCCGACGUCGUCAGGGAGGACGAUUGCCGCAGGCUCCUCGCCGACACCAUCAGCUACUUCGGUCAGCUGGAUCACCUCGUCAACACGGUGAGCCUGGGGCACGACUUCUACUUCGAGGAGGCCGGCGACACCGCCGCGUUCCCUCACCUCAUGGACAUCAACUUCUGGGGGAACGUGUACCCGACGUACGCCGCGCUGCCGUACCUGCGCCGGAGCCACGGCCGGAUCGUCGUCAACGCCUCCGUCGAGACGUGGCUGCCCAUGCCACGGAUGAGCCUCUACUCCGCGGCGAAGGCGGCGGUGAUCGACUUCUACGAGACGCUGCGGUACGAGGUGAAGGACGACGUGGGCAUCACCGUGGCCACGCACGGCUGGAUCGGCGGCGAGCCCGGCGCCGGCAGGUUCGCGCUCGAGGAAGGCGCGCCCGCGGCCGCUACGGACCAGACGCAGACGCAGACGCAACCGCACCUGAAGGUCGACGCGCCGGAGCUGCCGGCGGCGGCAGCCGCGCAGGUGGAGGCGUACGCGCGGGCGGUGGUGGACGGCGCGUGUCGCGGGGACGCCAGGGUGCGGCGGCCCGGCUGGUACGACGUGUUCCUCGUCUUCCGCGCCUUCGCGCCCGACGUGCUCGCCUGGACGUUCCGCCUGCUGCUGUCCACGGCGGCGCCUGCGGCUGCUGCUCCGCGGGCGGUCGUUGCUCCCGUGGGUGUCGCGACCGCUGCGCUGCCGGCUCCGCCUGUCCGGCCGCUGAUCGAGUACCCGGUCACCGCGGCAGGUCGCAGGCCGGCCGGCGCGGUGGCCCAGCUGCAGAAGCUCGAGUGAGCGUGCUGCCCAGCUGUGCACGAUGCCAUAUUCGCGCACGCUAGUGUAGCGUGCUGUCUACGAACUGAUUUCGAUGGUUGUUUCAAUAAAUAUACAGUAUAAGAAAGAAGAGCUCCGAGUGUAUAAGAUGAUAUGAGGUACCAUGCUGCUCUAAUUGAAGUGCAUCGUGCAUUUUGUUAAA